AUGGCCGGCAGAUUGGACCAGAAAACAUUCGUUUGUCAUCUCUGCGGCAGGAAAUACUUUUGGAAGGCUUCCCUACAUCGACACUUACGAGAGGAAUGUGGUACGUUUAAUUGCAAAGAAUACAACAAAUCUUAUAAAGCCGCGAGUAGCCUGAAGCGCCACCAGAACCACCAAAAGCCCAAUGUGUUUAAUUGCAAAGAAUGCAACAAAUCUUAUAAAAACCCGAGUAGCCUGAAGCGCCACCAGAAAACCGAGUGCAAGAGCAGUGUGAAAUGUCCUCCGUUCGUCUGUCAAUUCUGCGCUUACCGUUCAGCUCAAAAGACCAAUGUGGAACGUCAUGUUGAAAAGCGUCAUGCAGAAGAAUACGAUGAUUAUAAGGAAAAAAAAUGCCAAAAUCUUACAUUAUGA